UCAGCAGAUCGGAAAGAAGCCUUGUCAAGAAAAAAGCGGGCCUCACCACAAAAUUCGCAACAGAAUCGCAUCCAAACCGUUUCUGAAGUAAAACGGAUCAUAAAAGAAGAGCUUCGUUUGCUGCAAAACCAAAUCUGUGCUAAAGAUGAAACAGUUUGUCGAUCAGGACCAAAAGGUAACACUGGACGACGGGGAAAACCAGGAAACCGAGGGAGACCAGGCCCAGAGGGACCUCCUGGUAAACACGGACCAAUAGGAUCUCAAGGACAGAUGGGUUUGAAAGGGGAUCUCGGAGUGCCGGGUCACCCUGGUCCUGCGGGACCUCCAGGCCUGCCGGGCCAGAAAGGCGACAAAGGCGAACCGGGGAAGUCCAUUGCGGCUCCUUCUCUACUGCAGCGACCUGUUGAAACGACUGUUAAUGAAAGUCAGACAGCCAUCUUAAAAUGUGUAGCGGACGGUAAUCCAACUCCAAAGGUCACGUGGUCCAAGCUAAAUACGUCCCUUCCCGCUGGACGUCACAUGAUUACCAGUAGCGCUCUGAUUGUGAAGGACAUUAGACCGGAAGACGAUGGAGUUUACAGAUGUAGAGCUGAAAACUUGUUGGGCAGCAUUAACUCCUCAGCAAAACUAACUGUUCAAUGUAAGAUUGACUACUUUCUUUAAGGUAUUUUGUAAAACUAAAUUAUUGAGCGACAGGAGCUGAUGAAACAAGGACGCAGUCUGUUGACUAAGUAAAACAUUUGACGGGGACGCGCUGUGGCUAGUGUGAGUUUAAGUUUCAGACUAUAACUUUUUUAAUUAGUUAUUGUUAAAAUGAAUAAAUGUCGGGCAAUUUAUCGAAAUUUAGGUUCAGCAUAAGUAGAAGACUACUUUUUGUAAGCCUCAAGAGACUGGACUGAAAACUUGAGCACAGGGCCUAACACCACAAGCUAAACGAGCAGUUAAAGGAGUACAGAUGAAAGGAACGUGCUAUCUCGGUCUGCAACAUAAUGCUAAAUUAAAUUAAAAGUAAAUAAGAUCAUUCAAGGGUCCAGUGCGGAAGCCAAUAACUAGCAAGAGGAAAAUCAGGUUAUUUCUUUAAAGAGGUAGUUGAAAUGUCAGUGCUGAACUGCCAUUUUUAAUCUUGUAAAUCCUAGAAUUUAUGAAACGAGGCAAUUUGCUUCAGAGAUUGAUGUUUAUAGCGGCUAUUUUUACAUUAUAAGAAAAAAUAUAUUUUCGCUUUAGUUGGUCUUCAAUGACAAGUUUUGUUUUUCAAUUUUUUAUUAGCUGAUCCUCAACUUUUCUUAUCAUCCAAUCGACUGAUGGCUGAAGAGAAACAAAAUGUCACUAUCGCUUGCAAUGCUACUGGUCAGCCCAGCCCAAACAUCACGUGGUCAAAAGCCUUUGGUUCUUUGCCUAAAGACAAAGCUAAAGUUAAGAAUGGAACCCUUACAAUCUAUCACGUUGCAAAAUACGAUGGUGGGAUAUACAUGUGCAAAGCAGAAAAUAUUGUUGGACGGGCCAGCGGCACAGUUUUAGUCGUGGUGUUUUCUCCUCUGCGGUUCAAAGUCCGUCCUCCUGAAGAAAUAACUCCGUCAAUUGGUUCAACUCUUCGCCUGCCAUGUGUGGCGGCGAGUGAAUUGAGAACAACAAUUUCUUGGGGAAAAGAUCGCAAAUCAUCACUUCCUGCUGCUUCGUAUGUUCUCACAAAUGGAACACUGCUUUUUAGAAACAUCAAACAAUCACACCAAGGAACUUACAUCUGUAGAGCAACUAAUGCUCUGACGACAAUUGAAGCUAAAGUCAAAAUCAACUCUCCAGUUGUUACUUCCUGUUCUGUGAUAAGAAAAUACGUCAGCAGUGUAAGCGGAAAUUACGUCAUUGAUCCAGAUGGCAAAGGAGGCCAGGCACCAUUUACAGUCUUCUGUGACAUGACUGAUAAGAGUGGAGUUGGCGUGACAAUAAUAAGUCACGACAGUGAAAGCAGAACACAUGUGAGUGGAUAUAACGGUCGAGGUAGUUAUUCGCGUGACAUUCAUUACACGGGGGCGAGUCUGUCUCAGCUGGCGAGUCUCACUAGAGUCUCUUCACACUGUGAACAAUUUAUUAAGUAUGAGUGUUAUGACUCUGUUUUGUUUUCCAGUUAUUAUGGCAGUCCAUUCGGAUGGUGGGUGUCACGUGAUUCUACUAAGAUGACAUACUGGGGUGGAGCAUCUAUCAAUGGUAAGUGCGCAUGCGGGAUGACCAACUCAUGCGCAGACUCCAGGUAUGGUUGUAACUGUGAUAAAAAUGACCUUGUAUGGCGUGAAGACAGCGGUCUGCUGACUGACAAGACAAAGCUUCCUGUCAAACAGCUCAGGUUUGGAAAUGCUUAUGGCGGCAUCACUGAUCAAGGUUACCACACACUGGGGAAACUGAAGUGUUACGGAACAGCAUGA